AUCUUAAGUAUCCAAGAGGAGUGGUUCAAGGCGGAGCUUGGGAGCCAAGAGGGGUACGUGCCCCAGAAUUUUAUAGACAUCCAGUUUCCUGAGGCUCCCAAGAAUUCCAACGGAGGUGCUGUUGGGCACCCCACUUCAGGAUCUGCUACUUCCAGGCAUUUGUCCAUUACCUCCCAACCUACCUUCCAUCCUAACCUGAUACACACUAAUCAGGCAUGUGGACACUCCCACCUCCCUUAAACCAUGCUCACACCAGUGAGAGACAUCAGUGGGGAAAAGGGGGAAAUUCCCUUCAUAAAGAGGAAAUGAAAAGGUAAGAUUUGUCUCAAGAAUUGACCACAGGGGUUCGACAGAAAUCUAUUCUUGUCUGAGAGUCAGGAUGCACCCAAAGAGCAAAGGUUUGUUAGAAAACCCAAGUGGUAUUGGUGACUCUGCUGAGGUGAACUGAACUGACUACUGAAACAAGAGAAUGACCACUGGUAGCUGGGCGCCUGAUGCUGCCCUGUAAUCUUCCAGAUGACCACAUCAUCUCCUCCCCACUCCUCAGACCUCCUGCGGCUCCCCAGCCAUGCGCUGUCAGCUGAUGGCCUUGCUUCCAGGUUACUGGGACAACAGAAGCCACGAGAACAGCCCCUCUGCCCCACCCCGACCCUGACUCACACCAGCCACCCUUGCCCAGCACCCAGACAAUCUUCCUUUCCUGCAGCUGUUUGUCUGUGCUUCCAGGGGAAAUUCUCCCCCCUCUCUCCCGCGUCAGCUUUCUCUCCCUCUCUGCUGGAUCAUCUGCAAACAACCGUCUGCAAUUUCUCACAUCUUACCAAAAAACAAAAGCAAAGCAACUCUCGAUCCCAAAUCCCCUUCCAGCACGACUCCACCGCUUCAAAAGAAAGUUUGGAUUCGCCACGUCCUCGCCCCCAUUCUCUCUGGAGCCCCCAUGGCUCCUUCAAAACCUGUUUAUCAAGAUCACAGUGAACUUCCAGCUGUCAUCUCAGCAGCAUUUGCGGCUGGGGUCGAGGUGGGGGUCUUUCUCUCCCUGAAACACUUCCUGCAUUUGGCUUCCGGGACACCCUUCCCCCUGCUCCCCAGUCCCUGGCUGCCCCUCCUUUGCAUCCCUUACUGGUUUCUCCUGGUCUCUCAGUAUCCUUUAGGGUUAGAAUAUCCUCCUCCCCGGGAGGCCCUCCCCUCCGCCAUAUUUAAAUGUACUCCCCCAAGCCCCACCCCUCUUGGUGUUCAUUUUCUUCACAGCACUCAUCUGACAGUAUGUUUGUCAUUAUUUUGUUGUCGGUUGUGUCGCCCCCACCCCCACUAGAAUGUAAGUCCCAGGAGGGCAAGGGUUUGGUUUGCUCACCUCACACCCCCAGUUCCCAGAGGAGGGCCCAGCACGUAGCAGGUGUUCAAUAAAAAGCUGUUCAAUAGAUGAAUGGAUAGCUUUGAAAUGAUAGGUAGUAAUGUAACCCUGGCCGCUCAUUUAAUAUGUAGCAGCCAGACAUUUUUGCAAGUCCUGAAAGAAGUCACUUUUCAAAUUCCAACUGGACAACAAAUACCUAUUUUCUAACCACUUGCUACCUCUUCCAAAAUAUUCCCUUGGAGGGAUGGCUGCUGUGGUGCAUGCCCCAUUUCUUUUUCCACCUGCAUUACAUUUCCUACACUGGGCCAUGCUGUGACGGUCAGUUGUCCAGCCCUGCAGGGGAGUAUGUGGCACAUACUUUGGUGGGAUGUCCAGGCAGAUGACUGCCAGAAGCCAUCUGCCCCUUGGAGCCCGAACAACCUUACCCUGCAGUUCUGCAUCUGGAAUAAGGACAUCUCUCCUGCCACCUCUGUCUGGAGUUCAGGUUCCUGAAUUCUGGAGGGCACAGGGAAUUGCUCACAAAGGACUUCACAGCCAUGGCCUGUUGGACGUUCACUAUAAAGGGACGCACACAUUGGCCUUCUAGCAGCAACAAUCAGAGCAGCCUCCUUCAAGAAAUGGAACACAGGUGGGGCUUGGCCACUGACUGACUGGGAACACUUGUUUCACUCUUCCACGGAUGAGAGCGGUUCCUGGCCUCCUGGCCUGAGGCUGUAGUCUGUUUGCCUCGCCCCUAUGGAAGGGCUUGGUCUUCUGCAUAUGUGCCAUGUCCCCUGCAGCAGCCCUUCCUGAGGCUGCCACCCUGACUGCUCCCCUGAAAGAGCAGUUUCUCCUGUUUCUUUUUUUCCACAGCAAAGAUUAUUUUCCAGCCUGACUUUGCAGGGAGGGCCCAGGAGCUAGCUGUGUAGACACUGCCAGGUGGCAGCUGCCGGCUUCACUUGUUUCCAAGUGUGUGUGCAGGGUUCCCUGGGUGCGUGGCAGCCUCUGCUGGGCACACUGAGCAAAGCCCCUCCCGCUCCACACCACCCAGGUAACGUGGGCUCGGAGCUGUAACUCUCCUUCCGGACACUGAGGUACCAGCCUGGGAGCCAGCACCCAAGGUCCCUCCCAGCUCUGCCGCGCGGCCCCAGUGCCUGAAGGGGUCCCUGUCCUGAUGGUUUCAUGAAGGCCUCUCAAGACACCAGGCAGAGAACUUACUCAUGGGGAAGGAGGUUGGUUUCUUCAUCAUCCGGGCCAGCCAGAGCUCCCCAGGGGACUUCUCCAUCUCCGUCAGGCAUGAGGAUGAUGUUCAGCACUUCAAGGUCAUGAGAGACAACAAGGGUAAUUAUUUCCUAUGGACAGAGAAGUUUCCAUCCCUAAAUACGUUGGUGGACUACUACAGGACGACUUCCAUCUCCAAACAGAAGCAGAUCUUCCUGAGGGAUAGAACCCAAGACAAUCAGGGUCGCCGGGGCAACAGCCUGGACCGGAGGCCCCAGGGAGGCCCACACCUCAGCGGGGCAGUGGGAGAAGAAAUCCGGCCUUCGAUGAACCGCAAACUGUCGGACCAGCCGCCCCCCCAGUCCUCGCAGUACUCGCCAGCAGCACCACCACCACAGCAGCGGUACCUGCAGCACCACCACUUCCAUCAGGAACGCCGUGGAGGCAGCCUGGACAUAAACGACGGGCACUGUGGCAUGGGCAUGGGCAGCGAAAUGAACGCCGCCCUCAUGCACCGGCGACACACAGACCCAGUGCAGCUCCAAGUGGCCGGGCGAGUGAGGUGGGCCCGGGCGCUGUACGACUUUGAGGCCCUUGAGGAUGAUGAGCUGGGAUUCCACUGCGGAGAGGUGGUGGAGGUCCUGGACAGCUCCAACCCAUCCUGGUGGACUGGCCGCCUGCACAACAAACUAGGCCUUUUCCCUGCCAACUACGUGGCACCAAUGAUCCGAUGAGGCCCUUUGGGAAGAGUGUGAAGCUUUUGACCGGAGCUGCCUGCAAGAGGGGACAGGGAAGAGAAGCUGCAAUUACACAUACAUACAUAUGUUUGUGUAUCUACACACACACACACACACAUAUAUAUAUGCCUAUGUAUACAUACAGUUUAUAAUAGUAA